AUGUCGGAUUCACUAACGUUGAAGUCUCAGAACUUGCUUACGCGAGUGGUGGCCCAAGAGCGUGAGAAUGCUCUCCUCCACGCAGACCUCAAACAACAGAAGGAACUCGCUGAGCAGACGGAAGCGGCAGAGCGGACUGCACUGGCAGAAGUAGAGAAAUCCGUAGAGAAGAUAAUACUUCUCUGUUUAUCGUGUGCCUCUCAUCUUGAGGAUAAAGUGGAGUUAAUAGAUGCGAUCGAGUCUGAACUGAAGGGAAACUCUGAAAAAGAGGCGGCCGCGGCUCGUUCCUUUGAGUUGUAUGAACAACACACCCGUACUGUAGACCUCGCACGCCGUUUUCAGAAUGCGGAGAAGGUGAGAGAAUUAGGAUGUAAAGAUGAGGAAGAAUAUGAACGGCUUGAGCGAAUGUCAGCGAUGGCAGCAGAGAAGGAAGAGGCGGAAAUCGCCAGACGGGAAAACUUGGAACUCAUGCAAUUAGAGCAGGAGUGUAUAGAGCUGGAGCGCCGUACGGAGUUGGUGUCUCUUCAAUAUGCCCGAGAUCUUUUUAACGUACAGGUAUAG